AUGUUAAAGUCGUUGUCUAUUGUAGAUGCAGGAGCAGAGGAGGAAGCGGUUUUGUUGAGCAUUUUGUGUGAUCUGCAUUCGGUUCGGGGUAUGCAGGAUAAAGUUGGGCUGCCAAAUGCCAAUAAACAAUAUUAUGUUCUGUCAUUCUACAAACUAAUAAUGCAGGUGGAGCCUUUGGAUCAGAUUAACGAAUCAAUCAAGGAAGUAAUUGCAUUACUGUGGGAAGUAAAAGUUCCAUCGAAAGUCAAAAUUUUUAUUUGGAGACUGUUGUUUGACAAGCUGUUCACUAGGCAUCAACUCAUUCGAAGAAAUAUCAUACCGAAUUCAAUGGAGAAUCAUUGCCCUUUCUCCACGGUUAGUGAAGAGAAUGUGUUUCACUUGUUUUUUAACAGUCACACUAUUGUUUCAGUUUGGGAUCAUGUGUUGCUUUGGCUGGAUAAAGAGAAUUCGAGGUUGAACGAUACCACUGAGCAUUUUUUGCUAUUUAAUAAGGCUCUUAGUGGUAGUUGA